AUGAAGUUCGCUACUCUCAUCAUGGCCGCCAUCGUUGGUCUCGCCGCUGCUGCUGCUCCCCCGCGCCUUCUCACCCGCAACGGUGUCAGCGCCGAAUGCCCUAACGGCUGCCUGGGAUCCGGCAGCGGUGUCACCUGCUGCUCGUGCCCCGGUGGCACCCCUGGCUGCUACAACUGCGCUGACGGCUCCGAUGCUGAUUGCUCUGCCGAGGUUACUGAGUAG